AUGAUUGAUAAAUUACCAAUAGAGAUAAUAUCCACAGAUCUUGUGAAUUUUUGUGAUAGAUCAAGUAUACACAGUCUUACAUUAACUUGCAAAACUCUUCAUAAUGCAACAUUACAACGGUUGAAUAAGUUUAGAGUAUCACCAAAUUUAAUAAAUUUUGAUAAUCCAAUAUUUCAUGAUGAAGAUAGAGCUUUGAAUAGAGAAAGACAAGAUUCAAUACUGCGUUAUAAAAACGUGUUUUUCACAGCUGGUAAUUCAAGAUAUGGACAAAGUCUGAAAAUUAGAAAUAACUAUAGAGAUUUGGUUAGAAAUCUGAAGACAAGACCAGAAGUUGCCAAAGUAGUGGCUUAA